AGUGGCCACCUCUUGUCAGCAUCCCCAACAGAAAAUUAACAGAAGAAACCCUGGAGGGAAGUUCAGACUAUGCCAGCGCUAAAAGAACAACACCUGAAUCAUUAGCACAACGUUACAGAAAGAGGAGCACUUUGCAACACAAUGUAGUUCUUUCUGACUUCCUCAAUGCAACAUCUUUGCUUGGCUGAUUUCAUUGGACGAGUGUAGACUGAAGCACCAAUGGAGCAAGUCGUGGACGAUCUGAACCUCUCCUUUCUGCUGGAACAUGAAAGAGAGAUGAUCCUAAAGGUGCUGCAGAAAGACGAGAAACUGAGGAAACGAGAGGAGAAGAGGAUACGGAAGCUGAAGAACGAGCUGCUGGAGAUCAAACGAAAAGGUUCCCGUCGCCCUCAAGAUGUGUCUGAGCGACAGUGCGCUCGCUGCAUGAAGACUUUGGGCCUGAUCUUCGACCGCGGAGAUCUUUGCGAGGACUGUCAGCUGCGCGUCUGCAAUGACUGCCGCGUCAAACAUCCCAACUCGCGCCAGUGGAAGUGUAACGUUUGUGCCAAGAUCUCGGAGCUGAAGGUUGUAACGGGAGAAUGGUUCCUAGAGGAGCGGUCCAAGCGCUUUGAGCAGGGAGUGCCGAGCAGUGACGUGAUCAAACAGACAAUCAUGAGUAGCCCUACCACCACAGACAAAAAAUCAACAGAAAAUGUUCCAGCCCCUCCUGAGCCAGAGAGAACCAACACCCCAAAACCCAACAGAAGUGCAAUAAGCAAUGUUAUAGACGGUGCCAGGAGGAAAGGGAGGAUGAAGAUGGAUAAAAAAGGUAGCCGACCAACCUUGAAGCCAGAGAACGGAGUGGACGGCACGAGUGCUAAAACAGUUCCAGAUGCAGAUGCUCAAAGUGUACGAAGUGUUCGCUCUGCUCCGAGUCCACGUUCAAACAGGGGCGGAGCCGUUGCCUUGGAGUCCUCAGGGAUGCCCACGGUCCCCAACAACCUGCGUUCCCAAACUCUGGAAAGACCCUCGGCUCUCAGCGACAACCGGAGGGUCAGGCCUGACGGAGCGGAGAGCGUUGCCAAUUUACACUCCAGCGACAAUGCGUCUGAGAAGAAAGCUGCCGGCCAUCACAGGUCGGAUUCGGGCACCCCGACCAUUUCCGUGUCCAGGGCCUCUGUAUCAUCAGAUCACAGUCGCUCAGAGAUGGACCUGUCAGCACCUGGUUCUGAACCCAGUGACGAUGCCCUCAGUCUCAGAAGCCGGUCGGUCCCCGGGCUCAAUGAAACAGAGUUUUCUGAUGGGGAUGCGGAGGAAGACAUCGAUGCCCUGAUGUCGGCCCACAGCAAGACUCCUAGUCGACGCCUCAGCAACGCAGUGUCUACGAGUAGUAUAAACAGCAUGAUGAGUAUGUACAGUGAGACUGGUGACUAUGGCAACGCCAGGGUGAGCGGCGAGAUCCUGCUGAACAUCAGCUACAGCUACAAAACUGGUGCUCUCAAUGUCCUGGUGAAAGAGUGUCACAACCUGGCAACAGGAGAUGAGAGGAGGCAACGCACUGACGCUUAUGUGAAGACUUACUUGCUGCCAGAUACAUCCCGACAGAGCAAGAGGAAGACGAGCAUCAAGGCCAACACCAUUAACCCUGUUUUCAAUGAAAAUCUGAGGUACGUAAUCAGCCACUCGCAGCUGGAGACACGAACCCUGCAGGUCUCUGUGUGGCAUCACGACCGGUUUGGACACAACAGCUUCCUGGGAGAGGUGGAGCUGACGUUUGACUCCUGGGAGUUUGAUUCCCAAAUAGAGGAGUGGUACGCUCUGCUGCCUAAGGUGGAGGGCAGUAUAGACUCGACAAUGCAGUAUAAAGGAGAACUGACUGUUGUGUUGAAGUACAUACCUGCAGAGAAGAACCUCACGCUGCCUCUGGAUCAAGUACAAGUGAAGAAAGGGUUCCUGAAAGGCAAGAAGACGAGCAGCUUCACUCUGCCUAAAGGGGGCAUGGUUGAGCUGCUAGUCAAAGGAGCCAAAAAUCUAACUGCAGUCAAGUCUGGAGGCACUUCUGAUCCUUUUGUGAAAGGAUACCUCCUCCCUGACACCAACAAAUCAACCAAGCACAAGACCGUGGUGGAGCGACGCACUGUGAACCCACAGUGGAACCACACCUUCACCUACUGCGGCCUGCAGCCCGGAGACCUCAACAACGUCUGCCUGGAGCUCACUGUGUGGGACAAAGAAGCCCUGGCCAGCAAUGUCUUCCUGGGAGGAGUCAGGCUCGGAGCUGGCACAGGCAAAAGCUAUGGGAACGAGGUAGACUGGAUGGACUCAUACGGGGAGGAACAGCGGCUGUGGCAACGCAUGAUUGAAAACCCAGAAGUCCCUCAUGAGUGUACUCUGAUGCUGCGAUCCAGCAUGCGCGGGUGCAACUCAUGAGCCCGGGCUGAAGCACAGAGAGGAUAAAAGAGAGCAACAGAGGGAGAGGAGAAAGAGAAAGAAGUGAUAUGAAGGCAUGAGGAGAGAGCUGGAGAAUUGGAACGGUCAAGAAAGAGAACAGAGACCGUCCUUCUCCCUACGUCUUUCCCCCCUGCAAUGCCCUGUUCAGAUCCGUUCACCUGUCCAGAACAGCCAGUCAUGCCUUACACACUCAUCCACAUGUGCCCCUCCACCUCUCCACCUGCCCUCCAAAGCAUCUAGUCUUGACCAAGCACUGCUUUUUACUGCUGUAUAUGAAAAACAUGUGUUGUAUGUAACUUACUGUCCUUACCGAAUAAGCACACUGUGUGACUCCCGAUGUGUUCAUCCUCGUCUCUGUGAUUGACGUACCAGAGUCGUAUCUGCAUGUAGUUACAGCUGACAGAGACCAUUUGUAAGGCAUUAGACGAGGCACUGAUCAAUAAUGUAUAGACUUAGACAUUCCCCCAUAUAAGCAGACUGCAUCCUGGUCUGAAGCACAUGAUGAUGCUGAGAUUUAUCCCCUUAGAAAACUGUUGUGUGCAGAGGUAGAAAGUGACUAGUUCUUGUAAACAGUCUUACUCAGUGGUUCUCUGUAAAAGUACAAUAGUAGCACUUUUAAAGACUUCUCAGGGUAGAAACUUUAUGAUCAAUGUGGAAGGAACAUCCUAUUUUAUUAUCAAUCACCAGUUCAUUUCCAGUGCUCUCCAAAGUAAUAAGCUUUUGUUCAGAUUGCUUUUUAAAAUAUUAUCUAAGUAUUCUCUUAUAAACCUACUCUUUUAUUCUUGCCUGUCACGCAGUAGCUGAACACAUCAAAAGUCUACUAUACUAAUACUGAUUUUAGAAUAUAGUCAAAAAACUAGGACUGCAACUAACUUUUUCAAAUACUUGGUUAAUUGUUUAUAAAAUGCCAAUUUUCUAGAGCUGUAGGACAUGUAUUCAGAUUUUAAAAGCUUGUGUGGUUCGACCAGCAGUCUAAAACACAUAAACAUUCAAUUUACAGUUAAAUAAAACAGCAAGAAACAGCAAAUGCUCACAUUUGAGGAGCUGGAACCAUCAAAUAUUGAAGCCACACUAGUGACUUCAUGGCAGCGUCUCCUACUUUCAUCCACACUGAAUAUCUCAAAGACUAUUGGAUGGAUUGUCGUGAAAAUUUGUUCCCAGAGGACAGAUAUUAAUGGUUCCAAGUCAAUGAAUGCAAAUGGCAGACCUACAUUUUCCUCUAGCACCACCAUGAGGUUUUGAACAACUAUUGGAUGAAUUGCUACGUACUUUCGGACACACGUUCACAUUCCCAUGAGAGUUAAUUGUAAUAACUUUAGUGAUUCGCUGAUGUUUCUUAACAACAUCUUUAGUGAAACGUCUUAUUUGCCUAAUACUUAGGUUUUACAAUGAAAAAGCAUCAGCAUGUUAGCAUUGUUUUUGUGAGAGUGUUAGCAUGCUGAAAUUAGCAAUUAGCUCAAAGCCUAGUUGUGCUUAAACCUACUACAAGGAGUUUUUAACUGGUUAUGAAACAGUCUAAUAAUUGAAUACUGAUGCCUCUAUAUGACAUACAUAAGCACAGGAGACCAUCCGUUUAGCCGAAGAUUGGCUAUUUCUUUGUAGUUAUUAAUUCCUGCUUCCAGGGCGGAUCCCCUCAAAAUCAAUGACACAAGUUGGUAGAAACAUUACCACUUUUGUUCACAGGGGCCGCCAGAAUCAACACAAAAAGAAAGUUCCUUGAAGGGGCUUUAAGUACAGUCACACAGAUCCACCAGCAUGGCUGUAGAGUCUUUUGUGUUGUUGCUCAAUGCAUGAGAACCAGUUAAUUGAAAGAAAAUAGUCUGCAGUUUAUUUUCUGUUGAUCGACUAAUUGAUUCUCAGCACAAGUACAAGUAGUUAGUUACUUUCCACCUCUGGUUGUCAGAAAAAAAAAAACCUAGACAGAAUACAAUUUAGAUUAGGUUCAAUGUAAAUUUACAUAGCACUGUAUCAGUGUGAUAAUAGGAACUGCAUGGUAUUAGAUAAAACAGAGGUAGAAGAACAAAGGGUUGUGUAAAGCACUGAUAAUGACUUUAAAUUCAGAAGAAGUGUGAUUUUAAGUGUGUUCCCAGGAACCCUGAGAUGGGGGCUGUGUGUUAUAGAGUGAGUCAGCACUGAGGCGAGCUGCCUUCAUCUCAGGGGGAGCCUAAUAAUGAGUCAGUGACAGUCACCUUGUCCCUGUCGCCCAGGGCUCUGCGAUCCACCAUCCUGUGAUGUAUCACACAAUUCACAAAAAACAUUCUCAAGUUAUAACCUCUUUUCAUGUGGAAUGCCAAUUUUGUCCGCUUGUCCUUGGCAAACCCUCUGCUCAGAGCUCUCAGAGCCAAACAGUUUUACACUGCACAAUUAUAGUAAUAACACAUGGUGUUCACUGUACAACAUACCUUAGAUCAGAGGCUCGUGCAAUACCUGAUUACUGAUGAAACUCUUGAUGUACAGCAUGUACUAUCUCUAUUGUGUGUGGUUUCCAAGCAUCAAACUCACUGUGUUCAAGCCUAUUUUGUCCCAAAUGUGUUACAGGAAUAUUUUGA